GGGGCCAGCAGAAGGGAGCGGCCUCAACACAGGCGCCGGGCGGGAAGGGAGUGAGGAACAGAGGUGACUGUGAAAGACUGGUACCGAGGCUGGGUGGGGAGCACCGCGUGCUUAAAAGCCGUAACAAAACUGACAGUCUCCUGCAUCUUCUUUACGCUCCUCGUUUUCCCGGCGGGCGGGAUUAGGAUAAUCAUUACCAUUUUACAGAUGAGAAAACUGAGGCCUAGCUAGAGGAAGAGACCUGUGCAGGGCCACGGGUUAGGCAGGUGGGGCAGCUGGGACUGGCACCUGGGUCUUCCAGUUCAGAAUCAGGUGCUUACGCCACGAAAGCACGUUGUCUCUGGGAGGUUGACGUGAGAGGAUGCUCCCACCGCUGCCUCAGCUCCAGUCGCGUGGGAUCUUGGGAGCGGCCGGGCGGUGCCAUCUCUGACUGGCUGUAAUUGGAAAGGGGAGGAGAGAAGCCCGGCUAAGGGGGAGCUUGACAUGUUCACAGUACCCGCAGUUUCUUGGUACAGUUCUUGGUUAAUUUGGUUCACGACUUUUUUACGUGGUUUUUGUUUUUUACCUAGAUGUCCGGUUUCCUGCAUUUGACCCAUUCAGGGAUCUCUUAGUUCUGACAGCUUAUCUAAGAUUUGAAUAAAACAAAUUAGAGGAAUUUUGGGAAACCCUGGUGGUCUAGUAGUUAAGUGCUAUAGCUGCUAACCAAAAUGUCGGCAGUUCGAAUCCACCAGGCGCUCCUUGGAAACUCUAAGGGGCAGUUCUACUCUGUCCUAUAGGGUCGCUAUGAGUCGGAAUCGACUCAACUGUAACGGUUUUGAUUUGGAAUUUUGAGACUGCUCUUUUAGAAAAUGUAUGUACGGAAAAAUUAUGAAAUAUUAGGAGGGCUUCAGAUUUCGGGUUUAAGUAAUAGAAUACAAACUAAUCACGUGAGUACAGAUGAGUUUGUAACGUUUUUAAAGUCUUUGGAAAUCUUGCAUGUUUGCGGGAGAGUAAAGGACAUUAACGUUCUCUUGAAAACUGAACAUACUAACUUUUAGAAUAUGUGGGAAGCGAAUAUAGUGCAUCUGCUAGAAAGAGUAUUUUGUUUGAUCCUUAGCAAUAUUCCACUUUCAUUCAAACAGUCCACCAUUUUUGAGCACAUAUUAUUAACCGAACAUUAUGCAAAGCAAUAAGAAUAUAAAUAUAAAUUAGAUUAGAUUCGUGCCAUUCAGGAACUCAUAUUGUGGUGGGAGGGACAUCAUGUAAAUAGAGUAAGUGCAGUAGACAUGAAAAGGGGCAUAAGAAGUAUGUUCAUGUACCACGGAAGCAGCAAAACCCAUUACCGUCGAGUCGAUUCCAACUCAUAGCAACCCUGUAGGACAGAGUAGAAUUGCCCCAUCGGGUUUCCAAGGAGUGCCUGGUAGAUUUGAGCUGCCAGCCUUUUGGGUAGCAUCCAUAGCUUUUAAGCAGUACGCCACCAGGGUUUCCAUGGGAGCGUGACCAGAAACCCAGUGCCCUCGAAAUGGAAGCGUGAGGGAGCAAGUAAAUGCCCGGUGCUGCCAUUCCGCUAAGUGUGUUAGUGCUUACAACAUUUUAACAUGUACAGUGUGUUAUCAAUGCCAUUUUUUCCAGUGUUUCAUUUAUGAAUUUUUUUCAAACAUACAGCAAAGUCUAGAGAUUUUUAUAAAGAACAGACAUAUCCCACUGCCUGGAGCUACCAUUAACAUUUUAAUAUACUUGCUUUAUCAUGUAACUGCCCAUCCACUUUAACUGCAGAUAUAAAUAACACUUCCCCUAAGUACUUCAGUAUGCAUAUCAUUAGAGUUCAGUAUUUGUUUGCAGUAUCUUUUUCUUUUACUCAUUUCAACAAAUACCACUUCCCCUAAGUACUUCAGUAUGCAUAUCAUUAGAGUUCAGUAUUUGUUUGCAGUAUCUUUUUCUUUUACUCAUUUCAACAAAUACGUAUACUUGUAUAAUCCAGAAUCCUACACUGUAAAGAUAAAGAACAUUACUGUGUCAGUGUCAUUUUUAACUCUUUUUUCACAUUUAUACAUUAUGGAAACAAUUUUUGAUUUUUUCAGAUUCAGAGCACACUUUGAGAAGACAGCUUGAUAAGAACUGUCAAGUUAUCAUAAACAUGUUCGUAAAACUUACCUUUUUGUUUAUGCCUGAAAAAUGGCUUAAACUAUUAUCUAGUUUAAAUUUAGCUCACCUAAGAUUCUGUAGGUCGACGUUCAACCAUUUCAGGAGGUACCAUAUGAGCAGGAACCAAUGGUACUGACGGAAGAAGUCCAAACUGCACUGAAGGCAUUGGCAAAAAACAAGGCUCCAGGAGUUGACGGAAUACCAAUUGAGAUGUUGCAACAAACGGAUGCAGCCCUGGAAGUGCUAACUCAUCUAUGCCAAAAAAUUUGGAAGACAGCUACCUGGUCAACCGACUGGAAGAGAUCUAUAUUUAUGCCUAGUCCCAAGAAAGGUGAUCCCACCAAAUGCAGAAAUUAUCAAAUAGUAUCAUUAAUAUCACACACAAGUAAAACUUUGCUGAAGAUCAUUCAAAAGCUGCUGCAGCAGUAUAUCGACAGGGAACUGCCAGAAAUUCAAGGGGGAUUCAGAAGAGGGGGCGGGACCAGGGAUAUUAUUGCUGAUGUCAGCUGAAUCGUAGCUGAAAGGAGAGAAUACCAGAAAGAUGUUUACCUGUCUUUUAUUGCCUAUGCAAAGGCAUUUGACUGUGUGGAUCAUAACAAAUUAUGGAUAACUUUGCAAAGAAUGGGAAUUCCAGGAUGCUUGAUUGUGCUCAUGAGGAACCUGUACAUAGAUCAAGGGGGUAUUGUGUGGUUUAAAGUCAGAAGAGGUGUGCAUCAGGGCUGUAUCCUCUCACCAUACCUAUUCAAUCUGUAUGCUGAGCACAUAAUCCAAGAAGCCGGACUAUAUGAAGAAGAAUGAGGCAUCAGGAUUGGAGGAAGACUCAUUAACGAACUGUAUUAUGCAGACGACACAACCUUACUUGCUGAAAGUAAAGAUGACUUGAAGCACUUACUGAUGAAGAUCAAAGACCACAGCCUUCGGUAUGGAUUAUGCCUCAACAUAAAGAAAACAGAAAUCCUCACAAGUGGACCAAUAAGCAACAUCAUGAUAAACGGGGAAAAGAUUGAAGUUGUCAAGGAUUUCAUUUUACUUGGAUCCACAAUCAACACCCACGGAAACAGCAGUCCAGAAAUCAAAAGACGCACUGCGUUGGUCAAAUCUGCUGCAAAGGACCUCUUUAAAGUGUUGAAAAGCAAAGAUGUCAUUUUGAAGACUAAGGUGCACCUGACCCAAGGCAUGAUGUUUUCAAUUGCCUCCUGUACAUGUGAAAGCUGGACAAUAAAUAAAGAAGACCGAAGAAGAAUUGACAGCUUUGAAUUGUGUUGGCCAAGAAUAUUGAAUAUACCAUGGACUGCCAAAAGAACGAUCAAAUCUAUCUUGGAAGAAUUACAACCAGAAUGCUCCUUAGAGGCAAGGGUGGCAAUACUAUGUCUUACAUACUGUGGACAUAUUAUCAGGAGGGAUCAGUCCCUAGAGAAGGACAUCAUACUUGGUAAAGUAGAGGGUCUGUGAAAAAGAGGAGGACCCUCAAUGAGAGGGAUUGACACAGUGGCUGCAACAAUAGACUUAAGCAUAACAACAAUGAUGUGAAAUCUGGCAGCUACACAGUGUUGCAAGUGGUGGAAGCCCUUGGGUCCUCUCUAGAAAAUCCAGAACCCCGAACUCGGGCACGAGGAAUCCAGCUUUUGUCACAGUGGUGCACCUGAUCCUAUUCUAUGAGAACCGGCUGAAGGACCAUCAUCUUGUGAUCCCAUCUGUCCUGCAGGGUCUGAGGGCGCUCAGCAUGUGUGUGGCCUUGCCUCCAGGGCUGGCUGUCUCUGUGCUUAAAGCCAUCUUCCAGGAGGUACACGUACAGUCCCUGCCACAGGUGGAUCGACACACAGUCUAUAGUAUCAUCACUAACUUCAUGCAAACCCGGGAAGAAGAGCUGAAGGGCUUAGGAGCUGACUUCACCUUUGGCUUCAUCCAGGUGAUGGAUGGGGAAAAGGAUCCCCGUAAUCUUCUGGUGGCCUUCUGCAUCGUCCAUGACCUCAUCUCCAGAGACUAUAGCCUUGGACCCUUUGUGGAGGAGUUGUUUGAAGUGACAUCCUGUUAUUUUCCUAUUGAUUUUACCCCUCCACCUAAUGAUCCCCAUGGUAUCCAGAGAGAAGACUUGAUCCUCAGUCUUCGAGCUGUGCUGGCUUCGACACCCCGAUUUGCCGAGUUCCUGCUGCCCCUUCUGAUAGAGAAAGUGGAUUCUGAGAUCCUGAGUGCCAAGCUGGAUUCUCUGCAGACUCUAACUGCUUGUUGUGCUGUGUAUGGACAGAAGGAACUGAAGGACUUCCUCCCCAGCCUUUGGGCUUCUAUCCGCAGAGAGGUGUUCCAGACGGCAAGUGAGCGAGUGGAGGCAGAGGGUCUGACAGCCCUCCACUCCCUGACUGCGUGCUUGUCGUGCUCUGUGCUAAGGGCUGAUGAUGAGGACCUUCUUGACUCCUUCCUUAACAACAUCUUACAGGACUGCAGGCACCAUUUGUGUGAACCAGACAUGAAACUGGUAUGGCCAAGUACCAAGCUGUUGCAGGCAGCUGCAGGUGCAUCUGCCCGGGCCUGUGACCACAUCACCAGCAACGUACUGCCUUUGCUGUUGGAACAGUUCCACAAGCAUAAUCAGAGCAACCAGCGGCGGACAAUCCUUGAAAUGAUGCUUGGGUUUUUGAAGCUGCAGCAGAAAUGGGGCUAUGAAGACAAAGAUGAACAGCCUCUGAGUGGCUUCAAGGACCAGCUGUGCUCACUGGUGUUCAUGAACCUGACAGACCCCAGUACCCAACUUCAACUUGUUGGCAUCCGUAUGCUUACAGUCUUGGGUGCCCAGCCAGAUCUCCUGUCUUCUGGGGACUUGGAGCUGGCAGUGGGUCACCUAUACAGACUGAGUUUCCUGGAGGAGGAGUCCCAGAGUUGCAGUGUGGCAGCAAUGGAAGCAUCAGGAACCCUAGCCACUCUCUACCCUGUGGCCUUCAGCAGCCACCUAGUGCCCAAGCUUGCUGAAGAGUUGCAUGUAGGAGAGUCAGAUUUGGCUAGAGGCGAUGGGCCCACCAAAUGCUCAAGGCAUCUGCGCUGUCUGCAAGCCUUGUCGGCUGUAUCAACACAUCCCAGCAUUGUAAAGAAGACCCUGCCUCUGCUGCUGCAGCAUCUCUGGCAGAUGGACAAAGGGAAUGUGGUUACAGGAUCCAGUGAAGUUAUUGCUGUCUGUCAGAGCCUCCAGCAGGUGGCAGAAAAAUGCCAGCAGGACCCCGCGAGCUGCUGGUAUUUCCAUCAGACAGCUGUACCUUGCCUGCUUGCCUUGGCUGUGCAGGCUUCCAUGCCAGAGAAGGAGCCAUCAGUUCUGAGAAAAGUGCUGUUGGAGGAUGAGGUCUUGGCUGCCAUGGUGUCUGUCAUUGGCACUGCCACCACCCACCUGAGCCCCGACUUAGCUGCCCAGAGUGUGGCCCGCAUUGUGCCCCUCUUUCUGGAUGGCAACAUCUCCUUUCUGCCUGAAAACAGCUUCCCAUGCAGAUUCCAGCCAUUCCAGGGUGGCUCCCCAGGACAGCGGCGGCUAGUUGCAUUGCUUAUGGCCUUUGUCUGCUCCCUGCCACGAAACGUGGAAAUCCCUCAGCUGAACCAACUCAUGCGGGAGCUUCUAGAGCUGAGUUGCUGCCACAGUUGCCCCUUCUCCUCCACUGCUGCUGCCAAGUGCUUCGCAGGACUCCUCAACAAGCACCCUGCAGGGCAGCAGUUGGAUGAAUUCAUACAGCUGGCUAUGGACAAAGUGGAGACUGGCCUGGGCUCUGGGCCAUACAGCGUUCAGGCCUUCACAUUGCUUCUCUGGGUAACAAAGGCCCUAGUGCUCAGAUACCACCCUCGCAGCUCCUGCCUCACAGACCGACUCAUGGGCCUCCUGAGUGAUCCAGAACUAGGUCCAGCAGCAGCUGACGGCUUCUCUCUGCUCAUGUCCGACUGCUCUGACGUACUGACCCGCGCUGGCCAUGCUGAAGUGCGGAUCAUGUUCCGCCAGCGGUUCUUCACGGAUAACGUGCCUGCCUUGGUCCAGGGCUUCCAUGCUGCUCCGCAAGAUGUGAAGCCAAAUUACCUGAAGGGUCUAUCUCAUGUACUUAACAGACUGCCCAAGCCUGUGCUCUUGCCAGAGCUGCCCACACUUCUCUCCUUGCUGCUGGAGGCCCUGUCCUGCCCUGACUGUGUGGUACAGCUCUCCACCCUCAGCUGCCUUCAGCCUCUUCUACUGGAAGCACCCCAAGUCAUGAGUCUUCACAUUGACACCCUCGUCACCAAGUUUCUGAACCUCAGCUCUAGCCCUUCCAUGGCGGUCCGGAUAGCAGCACUGCAGUGUAUGCACGCACUCACUCGCCUGCCCACCCCUGUGCUGCUGCCCUACAAACCACAGGUGAUCCGGGCCCUAGCCAAGCCCCUGGAUGACAAGAAGAGACUGGUGCGCAAGGAAGCAGUGUCAGCCAGGGGAGAGUGGUUUCUGCUGGGGAGCCCCGGCAGCUGAGCCCUUGGCCUUGGCCGUGACUGUUCUCACUGACAAUCUAACCCAGGAUUACUAAUUAUUGAGCCAUCUUGCUCAAGGCAGGGAGACCACUGGCGUCUGACUUCCUCUCCACUGACACAGCACAAAUGCUGGGCCUCUGCUGCACGGCUGUACAAGAAACAUAGGAAUCCUGACUUGUAAUGGGUUUGUGAAGUAACGAAGUGUGAGACUACUUGUAUGUGAAGAAGGAUCUUGUGGGCUCUUUCAUGUAUAUGGCCGAAAAAGGAAGAUGUGCUGCUGAGGGGUGAAUGCAAAUGAAUGUGGCCCUGAGGACCAGGGAGGGUGGAUGAUGUGUGUGUACUUGCUGGAGAAUAAAGGUUUCUUUUGGUAA